AUGGUGUCACGAGUGAACGAGGUCGCUAAAUCAGUCGGUUUGUCCAUAAACGCUGGGAAGACCAAAGUAUUCUCAAGCUGCAUCCCUGACCAGGAGAAGGCACCCCUGGGGAUUGAUGGCUGUCAACUUGAAGAAGUGGACAGUUUUAAAUACCUCGGGGCGCGGCUGCUGCCUAAUGGACAGAGUAAGGACAACAUUGUCUCCCGAAUCGAUGCUGCCCGCUGGGUUUUUUCAAGCCUUCGGAAAUGCCUGUGGAACCGACAUGACCUCACAAUCGCCACUAAGAUUCGCGUGUACCGUGCAUCUGUCCGGUCUGUCCUUCUCUACGGUUGUGAAUGCUGGGCUUUGCGUGUGGCGGAUGAGCGAAAACUGGAGGUAUUUGACCACCACUGCUUGAGGAUCAUCCUUCGAGUGAAGUUAACCGACUUUGUCUCAAAUGAGAUAGUCCGCGCUCGCUGCGACAACAUCGCGAGGAUAACUCAGGCCAUCCAAGAAAGACGACUGAGGUGGUUCGGGCAUGUUCUUCGUCGUCCACCUCAGGAGCUCAGUGUUACUGCCCUCGAUCCGGCACCGUUGCCCCAUUGGAGGCGUCGAAGAGGGGGUCAGUUCAAAACCUGGCUCGACACUGUCCGUCAAGACAUGGAGGUGGUUCUUGGACCUUCGGUAUUCGGUCUCCGUCGUUGGCGAAGGGAAUGGGUUGAGCUGUCUAGAUCUGCGGCCGCGGAUCGUCACGCGUGGAGAGGUACAAUUCGGGACAUCAUCGAGGCCGGCUAG